UCACCACGGCUGCAGCGUCAGUUGCAGCACACUGCGGCUGCUCCAUGAAAGACAGUUUUAAAUAUUCCCUAAUGGUACUGAAAUUACGAGCAGCGCAUGAUGUUCAUCGUCAAUACAAGGGUCAAAUCACCUUACAAUGUUGGUCGGAAUAUCACGCAGGCACUAUGGACAACAACAUUAACUCUGAUGUACUUCAUUUGCAAGUGUGUGAAAAUAUCAAAGAAAGAAUUUUCAAGCUGGUCAGCUACUUGGAUUUGAGAGUGCUGGGAAAGAUGUGAGCGACGGUUGACUGUUCCAUGAAACCGCGUUCUUAUACUUCAAGAGAUAACGUUUAAAUGAUUUAAUUUUUAAGUUUAGCGGUGUAGGAUCCAUCAGGCGUCGCUUCCUCCCUGAAGACAGAUUCAGUGGAGAAGCAGUGAGGGGUCACGUGAUCUUUCUGACCAUCCAACUCGUAAAAACGUACUAUAAAGCCUUUGUGUGUUUGCAUGUUUGCCGGAUAAUAUUUUCCUUCCUCAAUUUUUAUCAAGUUUGUGAAGAAGAAGUUGCAAGAUUUUCUUUCGUGCAAUGUUUUUUCCAUUAGAAACAAUUUUACUCCAAAACCAUUCAACCGAGCAGGUAGUUGUUGUUUGAGAUAAUGUAUUUGAAACCACAAAAAGAGCACAUGUUUAUUCAUAUCAUCGGCAGUUCUGAAAGGAUUCAAAGAAUGUAUUAACUCAUGCACGACAAAGCGGGACUUCAGUCGAAGCCAUGAAUACAAAUCUGUGAGGAAUUACAUAUUGGUUUUUUACCUCUGAGCUUCUCAGGACCCCUCAGAGUUUUCCGAAUAGUGUGUGGCGUGUUUACACACGUUCUACUCUUAGUUUAGAACAUGAAACAGAUGAUCAAGCUUUGAUUUGGCCCGCUUCAAACGGCUACAGCGAACUUCGACGAAUGAGGAAAAUAACCUGGCAAGAUUUGCACUAAGUGAGGAGAAUCGAUGACUGAAGCCGAUGAGAGGGAAAAAAUUCGCCAAAUCUUGGAUUAUUACACGAAUGAUGAAGGCUCUAGUGAAGAAAAUAUCUUUUCAGGGGAGAAAGUCAAGAUCAGGAUUGCCAUCGGAUUCGCUGCCGCCUGUGCUGUGCUUUUAUUAGCGAUAUUUAUAGUAUUGUUGUACAAAGUCCUACGGUUCCGAUCCGAGACCGGAACAAAGACCGACGCCGCCAGAAAGCCGUCGUCAAAUGGCGCACCAGUGCAACGAGCGCCAAUCCCUGAGGACCGAGACUUCAAAAAAUUUCGCCAACAACGUCGGCAUCAACCUCUGAUGAGAUCCGACAGCUCUGCGUCAGAAAUCGACCUCGAUUCGUGGUUAAAGAAAAACAACAACAAAAUGUCUGCUACUGAAUCAGACAGCAGCGAACAGAGUCUUAAACUUGGAAAGUUGGAGUUUAGCAUCAGUUACGAUACCGAUAAGGAAUGUUUACGAGUGUUGGUGUUAGCAGCUUACGGUUUGCCGACCAUUCACAGUACGAGCUACGUGGAAUUGUACCUGCUACCCGACAGGGUAGAAAAGCACCAGACUAAAGUACAUUACUCUAACAGCAAUCCCUUUUUUAAUGAAGAAUUCGUGUUUGAUAUUGCGUUUUCGGAACUGGCUGAGCGCACUUUACAGUGCUGUGUGUUCAGUUACGAUGGAUUUUCGCGACAUCAAUCCCUUGGGGAAGUUUUUUAUUCGUUUGGCGAGGAUGAUCAAUUGAGUGAUUACGGAGGAAUGUCGCUCUGCAAAGAUAUUAAGAGAGAUGCGUUUCUUUUAAAGGAGGACAGUCCAUCCCGUACAGGGGAGGUGUUAGUGUCGCUUUGUUAUCUUCCCACCACCAACAGACUCACAUUUGUUGUCUUGAAAGCGAGACUUUCGAAAACUGCAUUUCCGAAUGAUUUACCACAUCCAUUCAUCAAAGUUUCCUUGAUGCUGAGCGGUCGACAAUUAAAGAAAACAAAGACAUCUGUGGCCAAAAACACCUUAGUUCCAGUCUACAACGAGGCAUUUGUAUUCGACGUCCCCAUCGACCGCUUAAGUGACGUCAGCUUGCUAGUGCGCGUGCUCGAUACAAACACUGAGGAUGGGAGACGACCGCAGACCCAAACCAUUGGGAAGGCGAUCGUGGGACCCGAUGCGCAGACAAGUAUUGGCUUGCAUCACUGGAAUUGUAUGAUGACAACUCCGAGGAAACCCAUCGCUCAGUGGCAUCCACUGGUUAAGAGUUAAGGUGGAUGACCUUUCACGGAUUGGUUAUGUAGCCAUCGAGGUCAACACUGAACUCAGGAUCAAUUUUGAACUAGUCCUAGUAUAUCUCAGUUUAUUAAAAACUGGGUCAUUGAAUAAUUCAAUUCAAGACUUUUUAUUGGCUUAGCCAUUAUGGUAUAUGA